GGAUAACAUGAUGUCUCAAUGCGAUUGGCCAAUGGACUAAUCAGCCGAUUAAAGCCCGUAAAUCAUUAGCAACGAAUGGCGGACGUUGUAUGACGAAUGUCGUAGUGUGAAUCCUACAUUUUAAGUGAUUACAAGUUGGGUUCGUUCGGAGCAAUCCCGAGCAGCUCCCGAGAGAACAAAACGAACAAUACUUAAGUAAACAUGGUUAUGGGGUCUAUUCUUUGUGACUGAACUGGGCUGAACUAAUGCACUUUUGGAAUUUAAAGUGAGAUAGAAAAUGUCUUGGCUCUUUGGCAAAAAGAAACACAAGGAUUCACCUCCUGAAAGGGAUGAGCAAGAGGAACAACCUUCCACAGAUCUAGGAGAUGAAUUCAUAGUAAUUGAAAGAAGAAGGCCCUCCUUGCCACCUAAUGUUGGUGAUCACAAUACUCCUUAUCCUAAUAGAUUAUAUCCAUUUAUUGAUGGAACGGCAAUGAACCCUACAAUAUCAGAUGGUAAUUUACCAAAACUGACUCAACAACUUGAUGCUCCACAUUAUCUAAGUGAUGUACCAUUUAAGUUAUGUAAACAGUUGCAAAGUAACAUGAAUAGUGAUUUGGAGAUAGACAGUCUACGAAUUAGCGAAAUAAUGUCUUUCAUUGAAAGAUUAGAGAAUCAGAAUUACAAUUAUGAUUUCUCUCUUGAAACUGGAGUUAUUACAGAAAUGGAUAGCAGAACUACCGACUAACUUGAAACUUUUUUGAGUCUUAUUUUUAUAUACGUAAUGAGAAAUAUGUAAAUUUUACAAAUCAAACUUAUAGCCUGUAAGAAUUACACUGACUUGGGUUGGAUUAAUGAUUGCAUUGCUUUCCUAUUGGUAGAAUAUGAUAGAGCAUUAAAUUCAACCCAAGUAUAAACUCGCUCAGUUGAAAAUGCUAUUCGAUGUAUACAUAUGUAUCUUUUAAUUAUAUACACAUAUAAUAAAAUUCAUUUUAAAACAAAUAUCGCAUAGUAUACUAAUGCUAUAGUAUAGUGAUGCGCAAUCUGCGGCCUAUUUGUGGUCCUCUGAUUUACAACCAAAAAUAUAAAAUCAUAUUUUCUAUUUUAUGCAAACGAAAUAAACGUGAAAAUGUUCCUUUGAAGGUAGCCCUUAAAAAAAGGUUGUGUAUCACUGCUAUAGAAAACGUAGUAGUUAAAUUUCAUCUUUCUAUUCUACACAGGCAUUUUUUCGAAAAUGAUCGUAUUUUUCAUAUAAGAACAAAUAGAAACGUGACAUUUUAAAUAGUUACAAGAAUAAUUAAUACACGAAUAUUUAAUUUUUAAUAAGAAAAUUAGU